UAAAAGUGGAAAUGAAAGCUGAGCUGAAUAAAUAAUUCAAGUGUUAUGCAGAUUUAAACCGACUUUGUACUUCAGUGCAAUGAAGUGUGAAAGUUUACGUAUUGUGCGCGAAUGUGGAUCAUUAAGAUAUGUCUGAAAUGGCGUCGGACACAUCACUCUCAUCUUCCGCGGAUACGCCCCGACGAAGAUCGACUUUUUACGUGUCAUUGGUACCAAGCGAGACACCGCCAGUGACGACAACAAGCAGUGGCCUCGGCAGUAAUGAUCAGAAACAACGUUCCGUCGAGCAAAUCUACAAUCCGGAUUUGAGUGCGUUCAGCUUCGACUGGAGUCUGAACGAUUCGUUGAACUCUUCCGAAGUACAGACGACGUCUAGCAAUGAACGCGAAAAUAAACUCAAACGCUAUGGCGUUGUGUUGAAUGCCAGUGUCAACAUUGACGACGAUGAAACGACGUGCCAUCAACAGCAGCAGCAGCAGCAGAAACAAUCAAAUACCUCGACACCGAUACGGCUAGUGAAGUCGCGCAGUCGUGGUAACAUUCUCAGUAAUUUCCCAAAAGCCCUUCCCAGUGCAACCAGCAGCAACCUUACCGCCCUGUCGCCGGUGAAAGAAAAAUCCAAAACGUUGCCCCAAAAUGUGUCUCUAGCGAACACGUUUCCGCCCAAGAGUUCAUUUUUGCUGAAGUCCACCCCACGAAUAUCGCUGAACUAUUCCUCUGAUGCGGCAACUUGCGUCAGUAUGACGGGUCUCUCCUCGCAAACAGCGAGCGCGAGUCCCAACAAAAAAUCACUAAACUUUAUUCGACGUGCGCAUUCAACCAAGCUUUCGCGUAGCAAUUCCCUGUUGAAGAGUUUGACUUCAAGGUGUGUGGAUCACAGUUCAGACAACUCUAAUUUACUGCACGUGCCCGUGAAAAAGCUGGACAACGAACUCCUGUACCGAUGUCUGGAGAAUCCCGCCAAAACUGAUGACAUGUUGAAGGACCUGUUUAUCUGGUGUAAAUACGAGAAGGAAGAUGAAACUGCUGUUCACUCAGAUACCUCUUAUGAAAAAGCAUGCCGUCGGGGUUCAGCACCAAGCACACCAGUGCUGGGACAGAAAACGGAAUCGACUUCCAGGUUCACCAAUUUCUUUUCCAAGCGGUCAUUUAGAUCUAAUCCACUUAAAAGGACGAAAUCGGUAACUAAACUUGAACGUUCAAAACGUGGCCAAGGAGGUUUACGUGGUUCCCGGUCGCAUGAAAGUUUGCUUUCUAACCACGCCGUAAUGUCUACGAUCGAUCUAUCCUGCGUUGGUGCAAUCGGCGUCGUUCCGGUGCACGCAUCCGUAUUAGGCCGGCGACACUGUUUCCAGAUACGGGGCGGUCCACGCGGUGAGCGAUAUUAUAGCUGUGGAUCUCGACAGGAGCGUGACCUGUGGAUAUACAGCUUGCGACGGUCUAUAGCACCGAACUCGGAGCAUAUACGCCGUGUCGACAACUCGCUGAAAAUGUGGAUUUACGAGGCAAAAUCCCUCCCCCCAAAGAAGCGCUACUUUUGUGAAAUUAACCUUGACAAAACCCUCUACGGUCGUACGUCGGUUAAGUUGCGAACUGAUCUUCUGUUCUGGGGGGAAUAUUUCGACUUCCCGGACGUACCGGAACUGAAUGUGAUCACCGUGAAUGUUUUCCGUGAGGCGGAUAAGAAAAAGAAACGUGAUAAGCACGUUCUUGUCGGUACAGUUAAAAUCCCGAUCCAGGAGGUGACGUCCAGGACAUUUGCAGAAGAUUGGUACCAAAUCAUACCGGAAAAACCUGAUAGUAUUAUCAAAAGCUCAUCCAAAGAACCCAUAUCGACACUUCGAAUCAAGUGCCGAUUUCAGUCGAUUGACAUUCUGCCGCUAGCAGUGUAUCAGGAAUUUCUAGACUACCUGAAAGGAAAUUACAAGAAGGUGUGUGAAAUGCUCGAACCGAUCAUUGGUGUGAAAGCAAAGGAAGACAUUGGGCAAGCACUCGUAUUGCUGAUGCAUGCCCAGGGCAUAGCAGCUGCUUUCUUGACAGAUGUGGUUGCCUUAGAUCUAUUACGUGUGGAUGACCAACGGUUAACGUUCCGUGGCAACUCCCUGGCUACCAAGAGUAUGGAAGCGUUUCUAAAACUAACUGGGGAGCAAUAUCUGCAAGACACAUUAUCGGCGCCGAUUGCUGAAAUCAUUGCUUCCGAUCGGGACUGCGAGGUCGAUCCAUUAAAGGCGAACGGAUCUCUAUCACGGCAGCAGCAGGCUCUACGAAAUGCGGUCAAGACGGUAUGGGUAGCCAUUUCAGAGAGCAGUAAAAUUUUUCCGGCUCAACUGCGAGACUGUUUCUCCACAUUUCGCGAGCGGUUGCAGGAUCUGGACCGCGAUGAUAUGGCCGAUAAUUUAAUCAGCGCGUCCAUAUUCUUGCGUUUUCUUUGCCCAGCCAUACUUUCGCCAAGCUUGUUCAACAUUACCAAUGAACUACCGUCGGCACGGGCUACGAGGAAUCUUACACUAGUCGCCAAAACGCUUCAAACGCUCGCCAACUUUACCCGUUUUCAGGGCAAAGAAAACUUUAUGGAGUUUUUGAAUGAUUUUCUCGAGCAGGAAGCGCCUCGAAUGAAGCAGUUUCUGUACGACAUAUCGAGCACCGAGCAUCCCGUGCAGGAGAGCAUUCUCGAUUGGUCCGGCUAUAUCGACCAGGGCAAACAAUUGUCCAUACUACAUAGUUUGCUGUCCGAGACGAUACUGAAGAUGUCACCGGAGAAGCAGGACGAAAUUCAUCCAUUGCCAACGAUUCUCGAAUCAAUUACGCACGCAAAAGAAACAAACAACUUGGGACAGAGCCAGCAAAAUGUUCCCAUGCAGCCUCUGCAGCAGCAGCAGGAAAACCUACCACCAAUAUUGGGAAAGUUAUCAUUGCAAGGGGCCGCAGCGAUCCCAUCACCCAGCGAACGUGGUGUGAUUCGAGGCGUACUGACUCCUGGCUCGUUGGAGAAAAACAUUUUCCGCUAUAAUGAUCCAACAGUCCGGGGUUUAUUGGCACAGCCGCUUCAGCAACAACAGCACUACACUUCCUCCAAUGGUUCGCUCAACUCGCAGUCCACGUCAAGCGUGUCGCUGUCGUCGAACUCCAUCCAGCACAACAGUGUUUCAAGCACAAACGGAACGAGCGGCGGUGGCUGUGGACCUGUGGCAGCGUCUACAAAACCGGUGGGUCGAUCCGGAUACUACCACAGUAAUCAGCAACAAAGUGUUCCCGGCAGUAGUAGCAGCGGGAAGCCAAGCGGUGGCAGUACUGUGAGUGUGAAUCUACGAACAUACGGAUUAUCAGCUACGACCGCAUCGUACUAUCCGGCCAAUCACUUGGCUACGAACAGUUUGCGUACCGAAAAAGAGAAAAGUCCUACCUUGAGUAACAGUGGCAUACGAGCAAGCACGUUGCCAAGGAACAAUAGCCACCCUACCACGAGUGCGUUGACCGGUAACUCCGAAUCGGGCCCCUUCACGGGAGUGGAACGUGAAAUGGGGGGAAAUAAUGUUGGGGUUGCGAACAAUCUAAUUCAAAUUGGGUUUGAUCCAAGCAAUCCUUUUAAUAGGAAAAGUCCAACCCCGCUGCUUAAAUCGAACAUGUCAAGCUACAGCUAUCACAGUGGGACACGGAAUCGGAAUCAGAAUGGUUCCCAGCUGAGUUUACUGACCAAUAGUGAGCUGGGUAAGAAUGCACUCAGCCUUGGGAUACCGCAUUCGGACAUGCUCGUCGACUCAUUCACCAUGGGGCCAUCGGUUACAUCCGGCGCCGGUAUCCUUUCGACGACUGGAACAUCUUCUAACGAUCCUUCAAACAUGCCGAUGAGCCUCGAGGACCUGGAGGACCUGUUGAACUACGCAGAUGAACAAAAGAAACUUUCGGGAGAAAAUGUGUCUUGUCGUGGCAUUAGCAGUAGCAGCAGUGGUGGCAGUGGUUCUGCUGCUCCCAUUGGCAUCGGGAACGCCAGUGGUGGGAUAAGUAGCAGCACCAGCAGUUCUACCUCCAAUGCGAAAGACCAACACACCGGCAAGGGUAGUAACGUUUCGAUCGGACAAAUUUCAAACAUUUGCAGCUCAGGCUACCAAAGCAUUUCUACGCAAUCACGCAGCUCAAGUCCGGUUGACUUGGGUGGACAGCGGCAAAUCGAGUACGUCACGAAUAAGGUUCCACCGCCGCGAAAGCUAUCUACUACGUUCGUCGGAGGAGGAGUUGGCAGUGGUGUAGCAAAGUAUGGUUUCGGUGGACAAAAAUUCAGUACAUCCCCCAGCAUCAUCCCCGGUACCUUUGAUGCGCUACAUCCGCAACAUACGGCAACAAUUGGGGCCAAGACGAACUCGGCAAGUCAUAAUAACAACAACUCUGAGUCAAUGUAUCAAAAGAGCAAUCUUAGUAAAUAUGCCAACAACAAUAACGUCGAUUGCGAUGGGGGGUCGUACAGUAUCGUACCCUCGUACUUAGGCACGCCGUCAGCCUUCAGUAAACCGGACCAGACACAGGCCGUUGUUCAUAGCGCAUUGAAUGGCAAUACACGAAACGUGGGGGGAACGAGCAUGACGAUGAUUGGCGGACUGUAUGGGAACGAAAGCGGCGAACUUUAUCAAGGAUCGCAUCAGAGGAAGCAUCAUGUUCUCCCUAAGCACCAUCAUACUGGCGGCGCUGCGGGUAUGCGUGGCAGUGGUGAAAGUUUACACAGCGAGUCGAGCAGUGACGAACAGUUCAGCAGCAACGCUGCCGAAAAUUAUCGCGAGCUGGAUUCUUUAACCACCGCAAGCAACAACAGAGUGGCCAGUGCAGCUACAAUCGGUGGAGGAUUGUACGGAAGGCGUACAGGAAGCAGUCGAAUGCCACGGACAAAUCCUAUGAUACAGUAUAAGCGGGAUGACGCAUCGGAAACGCACAACUUCCCACUCGGUGGAAGCAACAGUAGUAACAGUAUCUUCGUUAAUGGACACUAUCGGGACCACAGUUUCAACAACCAGCGUUUGCAGCGCCGAUUGUCGGUAGAAUCCGGUCGAACGCUUUCGGACAGCUCGACCGACGACACCGAGAGCGGGCCAACGAAGCCGAUCGGGCCACAUCAUCACCAAAUACAUCACCACACCUCAGCGGGCGGCGGUGCGCCCUCCCAGCAGCAUCACAUAAACGUGUCCCGAGAGUACGAAAGCAAACGGCGGCGAAACGUUAACAAGUCGGUCGAGCAAUGUGAGCGAGAAAUUCAGCGGCUCCAGGCGUCACUGGACUCGAUGCGUCAAAAGUUGGAAAUGUCUGAACCGAAGGAAGGAGUUAAGGAUGAUCUGGAAGACAUUUCGCACCAUAGCGAUAGCAAGAUACGCAGUAUCAUUGGAAGGUUGCUGACGAUGGAGGAGGAACUACGACAGGAGCAGUACAAAAUGUCGUUGGCAUUAUCCCACAAGCAACGCGUGAUCGAAGCUCAAGGUCAACAAAUCGCUGCCCUGGACGCAGCAAACAAUCGGCUGCUGUCGGCAUUGUCCAGUCUUCAGAAUCGCUACGAAAACCAAUCCAAUCAAAGCGACGAUACUACCACCUCUUCGUCUCAUCCCAACGCGGGUGCAUCCUCGUGCUAGGGCCGGUGGGCCGGUUGAGUGUGAGCAUUACUUUCAUCUCGUCAACAAAAAGUAAGGUAGUCGUAUUUGUUUCUGUUUCUUUUUUCGCACAAUUACAGUGAAGAGACGCUCUCUAAAUAUCGGAUAUUAUUCAGCGUGCAUUACAACUAUUGUUACAAAACUCAAUAUUUCAUGUAAUUUCGAUGAUCCCGGUUCUUCAGUUGUAUGGUGAAUCGAAUUGUAUUAUAGUGAAUAAGAGACAAAAGCACACAUAAUAAAAAUAAAUAUAUUUGUA